GAAAUGGGUUGUUGCUGAAAAUGUGAUCUACGUUGAACCUUAGAAUAAACAAACACAAAAUAAAUGCUCCAACGGUCGAAAAAUAAAGAAAUCACCUCCUCCAACGUUCACUGGCUCUGUCCACGGUCUUAUACUAACGGUACAGUCCUCUCAUUUCUCUCCCUCCGUCUCUCUCAGAUCGAUCUUCAUAUUCCAGGGUUUUGUUGGUAAUCGAAGAAUAUCUCCCCCUCCCUCUCUCUCUCUGAAUUUGAGAAAUGGAGCCGGCGAAAAUCGACUGGAGAAGCAUAGAAUCCACAUUCGUAAAAGACGAUCUUUACGAGCACAUAAACGCGCCGCAAUGGGUCGAUUUCUCUGUUUGCGAAGAUUCUGUAAAUGAUGAAGCUUGGUUCUGUAGACCUGAUUGCAGACACCCAAAGACAGCUGAGGAUUUUCUUAAAUCGACUCCCACGUCAAAGCUGAAGCGUCUUGGAUUAGUUGAUAUAUCUGAUAUGCUUUCACUCGGCGACAGGAAUCGAAGGGAUGCUAAUUUGAAGAGAAGAGGGGCGGCUCAACCUUCAGUUUUAGCUAAAAACAGUCCCAGAUCAAAGAAAUUCACCGAAGAUAGUGAGAAUCAAAACCCUAAUCUCCACACUCCUCCUCAUCAUCAAGCUAAACCCAUGAAAGCUGCAUUCAAAUCAAGCACUGAGAAGAAAAAACUGAUCGAUGAUUCAUCUCAAGAUGCCGAGACACCGUGGCUGAAAAGAACGCUUUCAGCGCGGAAUCUGUUUGCAGGACGGGAUAUAUUGAAUCAGGUAACAGAAUUUUGUCAUGAGUUGAAGAGAUUGGCCAUGAAAGCGAAGGACAGAGAAAACACGGAGAAGUUGGACGUGAAGAAAAGCCCAGUGGGUGGGAAGAAGCAGAUGGUAAGGGAGGCUGGAAGAGAGAUUUUGGGCGAGUUGGAUGAGAGAGAGAAGGACAGGAAGCCAUUGCUGGAGAUGAGUAAAGAAAGAACUGAGGCAGUGGGGAAUAGUAGUGGCAAGCAGAGAAGGAAGAAAAGAGCUGAUGAGGCAGAGAACACUCCACUGAGUCCACUGUCUGUGGAUUUGAAGAACAUCAAGCGCAGGGAGGAGAACCUGUUGCAAAUCCGGACAAACCCUCCCACUCCCCAGUGCUUUUCUGCCGCCCAUGAUGCAACAAAAAGUUCCCCUGCCAAGCCUUCCCGGUCUAGACUUCCGGAAAGGGGAAUCCGUCAAGAACUGGAGCAAAGCAGCAAUAAAGAGAUGAUGAAGAAUCAAACAGAGGACAACGGCAAUAAUGCAAGAAGUGUUUCUAUUGUUGCUGAAAGAGAAGCAAAAGCCUUAGAUGUAUUUUGGUUCCUUAAGCCUUGCACACUUUCUAGCUAGCUGAAUUAUCAUGCAGUAAGCAGUGAAAUUCAUAGUCAUUCUUUCAUUCUUUUCACCUUGGGUUUUCUCAGUGUCUGCUCCCAUAGAAACAUCUCAUUGAUCAUAUAAACUUAUUCACUCUUCUGUAAAGGAACUGUCUGUAAUUAAGCAUUCAAUUAUUGUACUCAAACUGUCAUCCAGCAAAUAAAAUGUUAUGCCAUGUCUACAUGCCAUUGUACUCAAUUUCUUACAUGUUGACAUUUUCUUACACGUUGUUCGUUCAAUCUCUAUGCUUGAUCUUACAUGUUGUUUGUCCAAUUUCUACAGAAAUAUGCCUAUUUUUAAGCAAUCAUUUCCCCAUUGAUGUAUAAGACUCAACACAUAACAUCUUCGAAAGUGGCAUUAGGUUGGCCAAUUCCGUACUAAUUCAAAUUCCAUCCUAAAUGCCAUAUAAUUCUUCUAUCUUCCCCAGCUCUUCAAAAGAGACCCCCCAACGUGAGAAAUAAUUUCACAUGCUCUUAAAAAGAGAUCAAAGUGACUAUGAACUUAGAAACUCUUGUCUUACUCCCACGCUCUUUUAUUUUGGUGAAGUUUACCAAGUUACCACAACACUUAUAAUUAUUGGGGAAAAGCCAGUGAAAAAAAACUAUUGCUCUUCCUUUUGAUUCUAUGAAGAAAUAAGGAAAGUAAAUGGGAUGAACAAUGGUAUUUGGGACAGUAAGCUUUGCUAUUGGAAUCUCAAAGGUGAUUUACACAACCUGUUAGGGUUUAAGUGUUCUUGUAUUCUGGUGAGAAGAUUAAAAUAGAAAAUUUAUGAAUAAUUCAUUUAGAAUAUAUUUUAUCUAUGUAUCCCUUUUUAACUUUCAUAAUUAGAAUAAGCAACAAAGUAUUGCAAAUAUUCAAACUCUAUAUUCCUCUGAAAUAACACUCGGCAUCUCUACAGCAGUUGUGUACAAAAAAGAAAAUUAAGAACAUUAAAAAAAAACACCCUAUCCUAUGAUGAGAAAUCUUUGAGAUCGUGAAAACAAGAAGAAGGAAAUUUUUAAAAAAAAAAGAAAAAGAAAAACAGAAAAUCAAGAACCGCAACCAUUCUAGUCUAAUCUAAUCUACCCAUUUAAAAGAAGAAGAUAGAGCUGGGUAAGUAAGCCUGAGAAGCCCAAGAUCUAAGUGGGUUUAGAAGACACAAUUUGAAGUCUUUACCUCCUCAGGUGAGGUUACAGAGCAUGCAAUCAAGGACUCUUGACCAGGCAAGGCGCACGCGAGGAUAAAAUCUGCCAGUGUACAGGCUGGUCUCUCUGAUGAGAUCCUCCAUGGUCUGCACAAACAGGUUGAGGCUUCUUAAGGGAGGCACGUACAGAGUCAGAGGAACAGCAGAGAAAGCCACCGCCAAGAACACCUGCAACAUCUGAGCUUACCAGAAAUAGAGAGAGAGAGAGAGGACAGGGGAGGAGAAGAGAUAUUGUGAAAAUCUAAAAAUCUGAAAGGUACUUUGGCUUUGGAAU